GGCAGGAGCCUGACAUGCUGCUGCCUCGCUCCUCCUCCUCCUCCUCCUCCACCUCCUGCUCCUGGAUUCCUCAAGUUACUGAGAGAAAUAAGGUAGCGGAGGGUAUCGCAAACGAACCGUGACAGCUUGCAGCGCGCGCGCACCUUCCCCGGGUGCCAUUCCCGCUGCCUAGGACUCCCACCCUGCCAUCCUGAAUGAAGCUGGUUGCCUUUUCAGCAAGCCUGCCAGGAUGGGCCAGUGCUGCUGCAAGCUUUAUUACCGCCUUCAGUGCCUGGACAAGACGAAUGAAAGUGCCCUUGUGAAAGAAAAGGAGUUGUCAGUGGAGCUUGCAAACAUCAGGGAUGAAGUGGCCCUCAACACGGCAAGAUGUGAAAAACUACAAAAUGAGAAGGAGGAGUUGGAGAGGCGAUUUGAGGAGGAGGUGAGGAAGCUGCGCUGGCAGCAGCAGGAGGAGCUGCGGGCGCUGGAGCAGCGGCUGCAGGCACAGUAUGAGGCCGAGAUGGAGCGCUUGCAGGAGGAGCACAGGCUGCAGCUCGCACGAGCCAAGGGUCAGCAUCAGGAGCAGGUGGAAGAUAUCACAGCUACGCAUGAAGCUGCAAUGUUAGAGAUAGAAAAUAACCACACAAUCGCCAUUGCAAUACUGCAGGAUGAGCAUGACAGCAAGCUUCAAGAACUGGUGUCUGCUCAUGACCUGGAAAAGAAAGAAUUAGGAGAGAGUUUUGAAAAACUGCGAUUGUCACUCCAGGACCAGGUAGACACCCUCAUCUUCCAGAACCAGUCACUUAAGGACAAAGCAAAGCGAUUUGAAGAGGCUUUGAAGAAAAACACCGAGGAACAACUGGAGGUUGCACUAGCUCCAUAUCAGCACUUAGAAGAAGAUAUGAAUAGCUUAAAACAGGUUCUGGAAAUGAAGAAUCAUCUAAUUCACCAACAGGAGAAGAGGAUUAUGGAGCUAGAAAAACUGGCUGAAAAGAAUUUAAUCCUGGAAGAAAAAAUCCAGGUGCUACAACAGCAGAAUGAAGACCUCAGAGUGAGGAUUGAUCAAAAUACCGUCGUAACAAGGCAGCUGUCAGAGGAGAACGCUAAUCUUCAAGAAUAUGUCGAGAAAGAAACAGAGGAGAAGAAGAGGCUGAGCAGGACUAAUGAAGAGCUCCUCUGGAAGCUGCAGACUGGAGAGGCCAUGAGCCCUGUUAAACUCUCUCCCACAUCUCCUACUCCUAUUUAUCGCUGCUCAUCAGGGCCUCCCACUCCAGCAAAAGUCAGCACCGUGCCAAGAUGACAGUGCCACCUGCGUGCUCAAGAUAACCUGGCUUUUACACGUGUUUCCAAUCUGCUGAAUGUUAUCAUCCAAGGAAGCAUUACCAACAAUACGCACCCAGGAUUUGUUACUGCAAGCACGCUCUGUAGCUGCAUAGCUUUACACUAGGCAGUGUACUCUUAAAAUCCCAGUAUAGGAGCUCCUGGUUCCGGCAUGCUGAUAUGUUAGGAUAGCUUAACCAGUCUAGUUUGAUGUGUAAACAUUUUAACUGUGGUUAGAGCCAAAAGAUGGAAAAUACUACUAUUAAUGGUUCGUCAGAAUGAACUUUCGCUGCAGUAUUUCAGGUCAGUUACAAACACAGUUCAAGUUGUGGAUAUCUCUAUAUGUGUGUCUGUGUUUAUAUACAUGUAUGCAUUGUACCUUUAUACCUAUAUAUAGACGCACACACAUAUAUAUGUAGUUGAAGAUGUUCUGAAUUGCAUUUUUUAUAUUAUUGGAUACUCUUAAGUGCUGAUAUAUUUUCAUUACAGUCAGCGUUUUUCUAACUCGUGCCUAAGACUUGUAUCUAAACGAAAUGCAUUUCUGUUUAGCCUCCCAGGAAUAUUUCUACCCAAACUAGAAGAAAAUUACACAGAAGUAGAAGCGCCUUCCAAACGACCACCAAGUGGUACUCUAUUUAACGUGAACACCAGCGACUUUGAAAUUCUGAAACAGUACUGCCUUCAAAACCAUCACCUUUGUAUUGAACACCAGAUAGGAUACGCAUACCAUUCUCUGCUUUUCAAUUCUUAGCAUCAGUAUUGUGAGUGGAUAUAGGCUAGGGAAGAGGAACUUGAGGGUUUUAGUGAAUUUGGUAGAGGUUACUGAUUAACAUGUGUCAGUCUUAGUUUCUUUAAAUCGUAGUUAGAUCUCAUCUUAUUUUGUUGUGUUUUGGAUACAAUCAAAAUCUCUGGCUGUAGGUUCCUGUCCAUGUUGAUUUAUUUCAAGUCCAGUACGCAAGAAGGAGAAAACAAAUUGCUCAUACUUUGACCUUUGCUGGCCAAGAGGUCCCCAGUAUUGGGACCAGAAAUGGGAGUGCCUACUAGGGCUCUAGCUUCCUCCCAGCUGAAACACCAAACGAAACACAGUGGACUACAUGGGAGCAAAUGAGGUCAGAAUUUUUUCCUUCCAUAUUUAUGUAUUAUUUCGCAUUGCUAAAUUUAACCCAAAGUUACAGAGCACUUUUAAGAUUCGUGGAAAAGAUUUGUCAAACUACCUUUAACUUCUCUGCCUUGUAGCAAAAAAACGUGCACCCGUUUCCCUCGACUUUCCCCCUGCCCAGGGCUUGGUUAUGCUGCACACGUGGGUUGCAGAAGGGGCUGCAGCAGCCAGUGCCACAUGUGUCCGGCUCCGCAGGGCUGUUCCUGGGCAAAACGUGGCUUUCCUGGUAGUACAGCACCAAGGAUGGGAAACAGAUGGGCCAAACUUUCACGAUGCCAAGCAGAGGCUCUGGGGAAAAUAACGAAAGGGCCCUCGCUGGCACUGUUAGCAAGCACAGGGCUGGCAAUGGGCUGGUCAGGAUUAGAUCAGCCUGAUGUGGAAGUGUGCGCUGUAGCACAGCUCUUGCAGAUGACUUACCUGCCCAUAAGGGAGAAAAAUCUCUUAGCAUAAUUCAGAAAAAGGAGGUCUAUGGGAUGCUUUUGUACUCAGCUUGUGGCCCAGAACCUGCAUAUGUUCCUGCUUUGAGCAGUAGGACCUAAGUAAGCAAGAAACAGUAUGUGCAGAAAAUACAUGGGGUGUGGGAGCACUGUGGAAGAGAGUGGCUCUCAGAUAAGGUGUGUGGAUCUGGUGCCUAGACACAGGCACACCCAGGGCUUGUGUGAGCAGAGGUGGUGUUGCACAAUGGUGCUGUAGCGCCUGAACAAGAACUGUGGUUCGGCUUUCCUGGGAAGUACUCAGGAUUCAGACUGCAGCUUAGAUACAGCUUCAAUCACUGUCAAAGCCUCUGUGGCCCAUUCCAUGAGGUAACGAAGAUGGUGUUUUUUCUCCUUUUUUAGAAAAAUUUAUUUUUGUAGCAGCUUUUGCAUGAUACUGUGAUACUGAGUAAAUUGAGCAUCUUGUUAGAAUAGAUCACGCCACACCAACUAUCACUGUUGAAAUGCAUUACUAGAUUUUAAUGUGUCAGCAAGUGCAACCUGAAAGUAGAAUAGAUAUUUAACAUGCACACAUGCACACAAAGCCCCUCUUUGCCAAAUAUAAUUUUAAUCUCUUUCAAACUGCACUUGCUAAAUGCACAGAUAUUCUGCAAUACCUACUGCAUUGUCACGUUUCAGUCUGGUGCAACGUUUUCUGAUACAGCAAGAAUUGUUACCAUGAUGUUAAUCUGAACUUUUCCAUGUUAUACACACUAAACAUAUUAUCAGCCUGAGCCAGGCUGGCUGAGCCAAUCCCUUUCAUUUCUUCAUUGUUUUCCUCUAUUUCUGGUGCUUUCCUUAUCCUUCUGUUGGUUGAAAUUCAUAUGCAACAGAUGCUUCCAGCAGUGAAUUGGGAGUGGGGCUUCUGUCGUGGGCACCCUGGGCUGAUCCCAGUUCCACCAUAAUUUCGUAACGUUGCCAAUCUCUCUCUUGUUUAUUUUUUUCCUCCCAAUCCUGCCUAUCAUUGAUUUCUUCCAUGGGGUGGCCUCUCAGGUCUGGCAGGUUGCUAGCAAAGUUGUAGGAAGUUUUGCCUGACCAGAAGGGAGCCACCAAACCUUCCCUGCAGAGGUGUGAAAGAUGUUUCCUUCCAGUGCAGCCCCAGAAACACUUCUUUCCCCAGAAAGGUCAUUACUUUUUCCUGCUCUUCCUCUGUCUUGUCUCGCCUUACCUCUGGAGUCGAUUUGGAAAAAAAAAAAAAAA